CCUCAGCUAAUUUAGCUUCAUCUCAGAUGAACUCUUCCCUGAGGUAACACAAGUCUGGUGAUAGACAUUACAUUGUGGAGAAGACAGACGGCGAUGGGACCUUUUGGUUCAUCCAAAUCCGGAGGUGGUGUCCUUCUUCCAUGUGAAGCUCCCAUGUAGAUUCACCUCUCUGUCACUGUUCUUUCCAACACCUUCUUCCCAAAUCUGCCCUUUCUUUUUCCCACUGUUCAUCUUUUUAGUUGGAAUAAUGCAAUGUUUCCUCAUCAUAUAUUAUUAUUUUAUGAGGAGUAGAUCUUAGAUUGAAGACAACCAAAAGCCAAGCUUGCUGUAAUAAUAUCACACAGUUGGGGCAUUCACUUUCUGCUUUGCUUCCCACACUUGUCAUCCCUGCCAUCAUCAUUUCCUCCGCACUCAGCUAACAUUCCUCUCUCUCUCUCUCUCUCUCUCUCUCUCUCUCUCUCUCCGACAAUGAGGCGGCAGCAGCUCCUCGUGUACCAGCUCUUGAUCUUUCCACUACUGUGCGUGCCUCUACCGGAGGCCUCCGGCACCGCCCCUAGCGGUGUCGGCAGGGUCAUCCACAUCGGGUCAGCGAUCUCGUCCCUGGCGGCCAAGGGCCCUGCGGCAGCACCCCCCAAGCAGACCAACCUCACGUCGGUCAUGGCGAGGAAGGGAUGCGCUACCUUCGCGGGCCUCCUGGCCUCCACCGCCGACGCGGAGCAGACGUUCGUGAGCAACGUGGACGCGGGGCUCACCGUGUUCUGCCCCCUCGAUCAGGCCAUGAAGCCCUUCCUGCCCAAGUUCAAGAACCUGACCGCCGACGGCAAGCUGUCGCUUCUGCUCUACCACGCCAUCCCGGUCUUCUACUCCAUAGAGUUGCUGAAGACCGGCAACGGCGUCAUGAACACGCUGGCCACCGACGGCACCGCCAAGAACUACAACCUGACGGUGCAGAACGAAGGGGAGCAGGUGACGCUGAAGACGAGGCUGACGGUGUCCACCAUCACCGCCACGCUCAUCGACAAGGACCCCCUGGCGGUGUACGCCAUCGACAAGGUGCUGGAGCCGGCGGAACUGUUCAAACCGCCCGAGGCCCCCGCUCCGGCGCCCGCGCCGGAGGCGGACAAGAUGGCGGAGGCGCCCAAGGCCAGGAAGUCAAGGAGGGCAUCGCCGCCAGCACCGGCAGGGCCGGAGGAGCAGCCAGCGGAUCAGAAGGCAGCCGACGAGAGCGCUGCCGGGAGGACUGGCGUGGCCGCGUUGGCGGCGGCUGUCAUUGCGACGGCGGUGGCGGUGAUUGCGGCCUGAGCUUUCUAUCUUGCUUCCUGUUUUUGCUUUCGAGCUUUUGCUUCGGGAAACAAAAUUAACAUGCGCUUUAAUUUUGUUUCCGCUUCUCUGUGUUUUGUGUGUUGGGAAUGCUUCUUGCGAUCGGUGUUGCCUGUUCUGUACUAAGCAUGCUCUCUCUCAUAGUGUACUUAAAAAGGGAUAAAGCUCUUAUCAAUGGAUUGCAUUGUGAUUUGUUUUUA